GUUCGCCGGUAGCACAAACACUUCGUCCUCUCAAUACAGUAGCUUUAGUGCAAGUGCUAAAUUGAAGGAUACGGCAACAGCGUCAAGUGGUUCGCAUUAUGAGGGUGUGUCCUCGAGCAACGUGGCUAGUAGUAGUGGAGCAGCUGGAAACUCAGCAGUGUCGGCCAAUUCGGUGGCGAAUUCGUCAGCGUCGGUUAACUCUAACAACUCAAAUGUGAACAGUAACAGCUCGAGCGUGGGAGCAAACAACAGCGUUAGCAGCGCUAGUAACAGUAAUACAAACAGUAGCAGUACUGUAAGCGGCGGUGGUAGCGGCGCUGGCGGCAGCGGUAGUGGUAGCGGCAGCGGCGGAGGUGGUAGCAGCAGCAGCAACCCCGCAUCUGUGGUGGCCGCAGCAGCUGCAGCCGCAGCCGUUUCAUCAUCUUCAAAUAAAACAAGCGCUAGCGGAAUGGUGCCCAACAUCCAAAUGGUUAGUCAAUAUAUACAGACUGGAUUGCCAUACUAUCAGCAACCAGUUUAUUCUUACGAGGAUAUACAAAUGAUGCAACAGAGAGUGCCACACGUGCAAGGAUAUUACGAUCUCAACUACACUCCGACCAGUUUGGGCACUGGUCGCGAUAACUUGGGCUCUGUAGCAUAUUCCACCAUGACUGAUGCACGUUUCGCUAGAACGGACAAUAAUUCUAGCCCAGUUAGCAACGUGUCAAGUACAAUGUCACAGCAAGCAGGCUCUAGCGGCCCAAUGCUAAAUGUUCCUUACUACUUCUAUAGCGGUAAUGUUAUGCCUGGCAGUUUUCAGUAUGGCACACCGGCCAUUUAUCCGCAGCAAAUUCCAGCUGCUAAUACAGCGUCGGGUGGCCAAUUCCCGAAACCUUCAUACAACACUGGUUAUGGUUCGACCAGUUAUGAUACGUUAUCUCAAGCUUCGCAGGACUAUACAAAGGGCGCUUACCCGUCGAGCGUUAAUCAGCAAUCGAAGUCGCAAAAUGUCGCCAAUCCGCCUCAAACUGGAACGAGUUCGGAUAUUACAUCGUCCAUGUAUGGUAAGGGACAUGUUGCGCUGAAUAAGGUCAAUUCAUAUGAGAAACAAAAUUUCCAUUCGGGCACUCCACCACCAUUCAAUAUGCCGAAUACACAAACAGCUGGUGGCACCUCAGCUCAGCCCUACGGCAUGUACUUGCCAAUGCCGACAGCAGGCCAUCACAAUAUGAUUCAUCAACCAAUCCAUCAGGUAAUGUAAUAGGUAUUAAUACUAUAUUUA